GGACGGAGCGAGUGGGCCGGGCUAUGCUGGAGGCGCGGUGGCGCCUGGCGGGAGCGUAGUGUCGGAGGGUGGCAGGGCAGCCUCAGAGCCGCUCGCAAGGCGGGGACCGACCCGACCGUACCCGAACGCGCCGAGGCUCCGCCACCUCCGUUCACCCAUCUCUUUAUCCCUCCUUCUAUCCCUUCCUUCCUUACUUCGGCAGAAGCGGCGCGUACGCGGAGCAAAGGAGCAUGAGCGGCGCGGUGCUGGUCUGGCUGGUUCUCUGCGGGAGCCUGGCGGCACCGCGUCUCGCCCGAGGAGAUGCAUGUGACUCCAACCCAUGCAAAAAUGGUGGCAUCUGUCUGUCAGGGCUGAAUGAUGACUUCUACUCGUGCGAGUGUCCUGAAGGCUUCUCAGACCCCAAUUGCUCUAACGUUGUGGAGGUUGCCUCCAUUGAAGAGGAACCAACUUCAACAGGACCCUGCCUUCCUAAUCCAUGUCAUAAUGGUGGGAUCUGUGAAAUUAGUGAAGCGUACCGAGGUGACACAUUCAAAGGAUAUGUCUGUAAAUGUCCACAGGGAUUUAAUGGGAUUCACUGCCAGCACAACAUAAAUGAAUGUGAGGCCAAACCUUGCAAGAAUGGUGGAAUUUGUACAGAUCUCGUUGCCAACUAUUCCUGUGAAUGUCCAGGUGAAUUUAUGGGAAGAAACUGCCAACAGAGAUGCUCUGGCCCACUAGGAAUAGAAGGAGGAAUUGUGUCAAACCAACAAAUUACUGCAUCAUCCACUCAUCGGGCUCUUUUCGGACUCCAGAAGUGGUACCCAUACUAUGCACGGCUUAAUAAGAAGGGUCUUGUGAAUGCUUGGACUGCUGCAGAAAAUGACAGAUGGCCAUGGAUUCAGAUAAACCUGCAGAAGAAGAUGCGAGUCACUGGAGUUAUAACUCAAGGUGCCAAGAGGAUAGGAAGUCCAGAAUAUGUAAAAUCUUACAAAAUUGCAUACAGUAAUGAUGGGAAGUCGUGGGCAAUGUACAAAGUAAAAGGCACAAAUGACGAUAUGGUGUUCCAUGGCAAUGUGGACAACAACACCCCAUAUGCCAACUCCUUCACCCCUCCUAUCAAGUCACAGUACAUACGGCUGUAUCCUCAGGUGUGCAGAAGGCACUGCACAUUGAGAAUGGAACUUCUGGGCUGUGAGCUGUCAGGUUGCUCUGAACCGCUGGGGAUGAAAUCAGGACAUAUACAGGACUACCAAAUUAGCGCUUCCAGUGUUUUCCGUACACUCAACAUGGACAUGUUCACUUGGGAGCCCAGGAAAGCACGGCUGGACAAGCAAGGCAAAGUUAAUGCCUGGACCUCUGGCCACAAUGACCAGUCACAGUGGUUGCAGGUUGACCUGCUUGCCCCUACAAAAAUCACUGGCAUAAUUACCCAAGGAGCUAAAGAUUUUGGUCACAUCCAGUUUGUGGGGUCCUACAAGCUUGCUUACAGUAAUGACGGGGAGCACUGGAUCGUAUACCAAGAUGACAAACAAAAGAAGGAUAAGGUGUUCCAGGGAAAUUUUGACAACGACACACACCGUAAGAACGUCAUCGACCCUCCAAUCUAUGCCCGGCACAUCCGCAUCCUUCCGUGGUCAUGGUACGGCAGGAUCACCCUGCGGUCAGAGCUGCUGGGCUGCACAGCAGAGGACUGAGGCAGACCUCCGCGUCUCUCGGUGUAGCUCAAGUCCCUUCGCAGAAGGAACUCUGCAAAGCCUGUAGGAUGCUGAGUGGGUUUUUCAUGAACAAGUGCUCAUUUUAUGGUAGGCCGCUAACUGUCUUUCGCAAGGAGGUCUAAGCCUGCUCUUUAAAUGAUCCAAUCCAAUUUUGUCCUUGAAAUACGUCAGUGUUGUCCCUUCUGCUGUGGAAUUAUCUUUCUAGUUCUCCUUUGAGUUGUUCUGACUAGUUGAAGCGUGUUAAGGGAAAACAGCAGCAUCUUUUUUACAAGGGGAGAGAAAUAGCAUGACAAAGCUCAUUUGCAGCUUUAGAAACAUUGGGCUGAGUUCUCCAUAAAUCAUACUGUCAUCUUACUUGCAAAAAGUGAUACUGCAGCUUUUAGCAAUAAGUUUACUUGGGGAUGACUGCAUUAUAGUAAUUGUGCCUAUCAAACACUGUCAGUAUUUAUGACAUAUAUUUGGAAGGCAUUCUGUGGUACUGUAAAACAUAGUACCUGUGAUAUAUUACAAGCUACCUUUCAUCACUUGCAUCUGAACAGAGUCUAUGUACCUAAAGGAUUUUCCUAACUAACCCCCUGUUUCGUCUCUGUUUUGCAUGCUAUAGACAUGACCUCCAUCUUUUCUGUUUUGUAACACCACUGAUAUUAUUUUUCCUUGAAAGAGGUGAACUGUUUGCAUAUGGAAAAAAUAAUCUGCUUAUCAGUAUAUUAUGAAGUUAACAAAUUUGCCAAAGUUUAUUAAUUCUGCUUGAGAUGCAUUUUUUGAAGGAAGCUGAAAUGAGACACCAGAGUACUAGUGGUAUCUCAUCUGAAGUACCCACAUAGGUAAAGGCACACAGAACACCAGAAAUCCCGAGCCUGUUUCCUGACUUGCCCAGCACACAAUGAUAGACAGACCUGCUUGCCCAAUUACUUUUUUCAGAAACCUCCUCAGUUUCUGUGAGGAGGUGAACAUGAAGGAAGCAGGAGCUAAAAGACACAGAGGUGGAAUAACACUCUUACUGCCAGGAAGGCCUCUCUGAGGGUUCUUAUGGAGGUGCCCACAGCCUUCCUCCUAGGCAUGAAGGCAAGAGGUGCCGUAGGAGUUCAUCAAAGCUGGGCACUCGUCACUCUUCACUCCUAACUACAUCUCUUAAUACAUCUGCCAGUGAGCCACAAAAGGGUUAAUUUUUACCACGUCUCAUCUACAGAAAUGCUUUAUACAUGCUAUGUGUUUGGCUAUGUGUUUAUGCUAGCCAGCUUAAGAAGUAGUUUAAAAAGUAGGU